AUGGCGGAAGAACACGAAAUUGAGAAUGAGAUUGAAAAUGAGCUUGAAGAGUUCUCUGUUUGGAAGAGGAACACUCCUAUUUUAUACGAUUUGUUAAUUUCCCAUCCUCUCUUAUGGCCUUCUCUCAUUGUUCAGUGGAUUCCUGCUUCUCCUCAACCCUACUCUCACCCUUCAUUUAACACACACAAACUCCUCAUAGCCAUUCACACUUCCAACAAGAUAUCCAACUACCUCAUGGUCACAGAUUCAACACUCUCUCCGUUCUUGACCAGAACCACCACAACAACUCAUUUGCAACUAUUGGAUUCACAAAAAAUACCAUACAAACAACCAUUCUUAUAA